UGUUUUUAAAAUUAAGCUUCACUUAUUUUUUUUAUUUGCAGGUAACUUACAACUAUCACAUCAAACUUGACAAAUCUGGCAGCCCAGUUAAUUCUAAGUGUGAAUGUCCAGCAGGAAAGGGUCCCAACGCCACCUGCAAGCAUGUAGCUGCAGUGCUGUUGAUGGCUGAUGUUUUUUCUAAUACUGGAGAAAUUUCAAUACAGAAGUCAUGUACAGAAGGACUACAAACUUUUCAACAACCAAAGACAUAUUACAAUGGUGCUCCAGUGAAAAUUGAAAAAUUGGCUAAAAGAAAACCAACUGAAAUAUUAGAAGACCCAAGACCACAGAAAUACAGAAAUAUGGAAGGGUUUACAGACCAUGUCAGAAACACCAUGAUUAACUUCUGCUCUCAAUCUUCUCAAGACCUUACAUUGAGAUAUAUUUUUCCUGCAGCUGAUAUACAGACUGCCCAGCUUGAUCAUGCCUACCUGCCAUUACCAUUUGCUGAAUAUUGGGUCGAUAGAGCUUUACUGGUUACAGAACAACAGGCAAAAUUGGCUGAAAAGGAGUCAAGAGGACAAUCCAGCAAUAAGAAAUGGUUUUAUUUAAGACAGUGGAGGAUUACAGCAUCUAGAUUUGGAGAAAUUUCAAAAAUUACCACAAGGAGAAAUAUACAAAAAUUAUGUGAAUCAUUGUGUUCCCAAAAGUUCUUAAAGGUGAAGUCUGUAUUGCAUGGUAAAAUGUAUGAGCAGAAGGCAAUAACACAGUUUGAAAAAAAGUUUCAAAUGAAAUGUCAACCAUGUGGACUGUUUAUAUCUGCUGACAAACCAUUUCUUGGAGCUUCCCCGGACGCUUUAAUUGGAGAUGAUUGUGUUGUGGAGGUGAAGUGUCCAUAUACAGGACGAGAUGAGAGCAUUGUUCCAGGUGUUAAUUUUUCUUUCUUGGAAUAUGACAAAGAUAACAAUAUAACAUUAAAAAAAUCAUCAAACUAUUAUGACCAAAUUCAGGGUCAACUAUUUUUAUCAAAUAGAGAACAUUGUUAUUUUAUUGUGUACACAUUCAAAGACCUCUUUGUUGAGAAAAUUGGAAUUAAUCAUGACUACUGUGUUGGUUGUCUGCUGCCAAAGUUGGAAUUGUUUUACUCCAAACACUUUAGGCCAUAUAUUGCCUCAAUACUAUAAAAAAAUUAAUAAAAUUAUUGAGACUUUA